GAUAUAAGGAAGAAGAAUUCAACUGGCCCUCAUACCUAAAGGCAUGCAAGGCUCAAGCUGCUCCUAAAUCAUUGUUUGAAAACCAGAAUGCAACAGUGAUUCCAUCGGGAUUUCGAGUGGGGAUGAAGCUGGAAGCCGUAGACAAGAAGAACCCGACUUUCAUUUGUGUUGCUACAGUAACAGACAUGGUGGACAAUCGUUUUCUGGUUCAUUUUGACAACUGGGAUGAGAGUUACGACUACUGGUGUGAGGCAGCUAGCCCACAUAUUCAUCCUGUUGGAUGGUGUAAAGAACAUAAAAGAACUCUCAUCACCCCACCAGAUUAUCCACAUGCUAAGCAUUUUUCUUGGGAGAGGUAUUUGGAAGAAACCAGUUCAUUACCUGCACCUGCAAGGGCUUUUAAAGUGAAACCUUCUCAUGGCUUUCAGAAAAACAUGAAACUUGAAGUGGUUGACAAGAGAAAUCCAGUAUUUAUCAGAGUAGCAACUAUUGUAGAUACUGAUGAUUAUAGAAUAAAAGUCCAUUUUGAUGGCUGGGAUAGUAUUUAUGAUUAUUGGACUGAUGUAGAUAGCGCUGAUAUCCAUCCUGCAGGCUGGUGUACAAAAACUGGACACCCUCUUCAGCCCCCACUUAGUCCCUUGGAACUGGUGGAAGCUUUAGAGCAUGGAGGGUGUCCCACAGCAGGGUGUAAAGGAGUUGGGCACAUUAAAAGAGCAAGACAUAUCGUCCAUCAUAGUGCAGUCAGCUGCCCGUAUUCAGAGAUGAACUUGAACAAAGAAAGCCUCUUACCUGACCGGUUGAGCGGGGAGAUGCCUGCAGCCAGUCCUGUCCCCAGAAACAGAAAAAUGGAAGCAAGUGAAAGAUCCACCUCUCCUGUAAUCAAUGACAGAAAAUGUCCCAGCCCUGGUCAUGUAGGUCUGAAAUCUUCGGCUCACAAUCGAUCAUCUGGGAAAACUGCAUCAGAAACAACUAAGCAGGAAGAUGCAGAAAGUAAAUCUCCUUGCAAGAAGCCUCUGUUAUGUGAUGUGAAAGAAAAGGCGGUACCUGGUGGGAUACUACAAACAAAGGACUCUAUAAGGAACAAAGAGUGUGAAGAAGAGGAGACAGAAAAUAAGCUGCUCAUUUCAAAUGAAAUUAAAGAUGUUGAAGAACCCAACACGCAGAGACUUCUUUCUCAGCCAGUUAUUGUGUCUUCCAAGUUGCAACUCCCUGGCCUACCCUUGCGCUGGGAGCAGCAGAGCAAGCUCCUUCCAAGUGUAGCUGGUAUCCCAGCCAGUAAAGUUUCUAAGUGGAGUACAGAUGAGGUCUCUGAAUUUAUACGAAGUUUACCAGGAUGUGAAGAACAUGGCAAGGUGUUUAAAGAUGAGCAAAUUGACGGAGAAGCAUUUCUGCUAAUGACCCAAUCAGACAUAGUCAAAAUAAUGAGCAUUAAACUGGGACCAGCCCUAAAAAUCUUUAAUUCCAUUCUGAUGUUCAAAGCUGCAGAGAAAAACUCACACAAUGAACUUUGAAGGUAAUGGAAAAUGUGUACAAGGCAGCUUUCUCCACUGGAGCUCAUGUUUUAUUCAAAGCACAAAGACUCGCUAGAACUGUUGAGUAAGGACUCUCAGAAAGGAAGAAACUUACGUUCAGCACUGGUGGACUAUUUAUAUUCUCUUCGAGCCAGUACACAUCUGAAUCCUUCUGGGAAGUGUUCAAGCUUUUGAGAAGGUACUGUGUAACAACAGAGUCAGCUAGUCUUAUUUACCAAACUAAUGGCGCUAAUUCUCCAUGGAUGGUUAGGAUCCCUAACUUUCUCUGGACAUCAAGAAAACCUUCAUUAAUUAUUUAUGUUGUACUAUAUAAGGGAGCGUUAAUAUUUUCUAAGAAUUCUCGAAUUCUACUUCAUGUACCCAUUUUACUUUUCAGAAGCUUUUACUUCAUACUGUCAAAAUAAAAACUGAUUAGCCAAAAAUGAGGCUACAGGUAGCCAGAUGAGACUGUUAUGGCUAAUACGUAUUUGUGCCAUAGGUUAAAAAUUUAAACACUUAACGUUACAUAUGUGACACUUUAUGCUACAGCAUAUAACUUUACAGAUUAUAAAACUGUCUGUUUGCUUGUAACAAAA